CCUCCUCCUCCUCCUCCUCCUCCUCCUCCUCCUCCUCCUCCUCCUCCUUCUCCUCCUCCUCCUCCUCCUCCUCCUCCUCCUCCUCCUCCUCCUCCUCCUCCUCCUUCUCCUCCUCCUCCUCCUCCUCCUUCCCGCGAGUUGAGCGCACAGUGCAGCCAGGCGGUGCAGGCAACACAGCCCCUCCGGCCCCGGUCCUACUCCCCGCCUCCGCCUCCGCCGCCGCCGCCGCUCCCCGCCUCCGGUAUGCUGCCUGGAGCUGCUCCCGGGCUCUGAGCUGGGCAACACCGAAGCCCCUCCUGCAGCCCCCGGUGGGAGCAUCGUGCUGCGGGUCACCUUGCAGGGAGGGAGGAAAAUGGGAGCCACUGCCCCAGUGUGACCUGUGUGUAAGGUAGAACAAAAAUAAAGGCCACUGGUCUCCAUUCCCUCAGAGACCUCCCAGUAUGGAUGGCUUGGUUGAGCAGAACAAUGUGCUGAUGCACAAUAAGAUUGCUGAAGCUGGGAAAAGGAAUGGUUUAAUUAAUACAAGGAACUUAGUGGCAGAGAGCAGAGAUGGUCUGGUCUCUGUCUACCCGACCCCCCAGUACCAGAGCCACAGAGCAGGAAGCCUUUCCUCUCCAAGCUGCUUGGAGAACAGCAGGAAUGACCCUGUGCAGCAGCUCCUGGACCCCAACAUGUUGCAGCAGACAGUGGAGUCUCACUACCAGCCCAACAUCAUCCUCUACUCGGAGAACAUGCUGCGCUCGUGGGGAGAGAGCAUCGGCUCGGAGUGCUGUGAAACCACCUUCAUCGAGGAGCGCUCUCCCGCCAAGGACAGCCUGGACUACCCAGACAGCAAGUUCAUCGACCUCUCAGCAGACGACAUCAAGAUUCACACCCUCUCCUAUGAUGUGGAGGAAGAGGAGGAUUUCCAGGAGCUAGAGAGUGAUUACUCAAGUGACACCGAAAGCGAAGACAACUUCCUGAUGAUGCCACCGAGAGAUCAUCUUGGCCUCACUGUGUUCUCCAUGCUCUGCUGCUUCUGGCCAUUGGGAAUUGCUGCCUUUUACCUGUCUCAUGAGACAAACAAAGCAGUAGCCAAGGGGGACUUUCACCAUGCAAGCUCCAGCUCCCGGCGAGCACUCUUCCUGGCUGUCCUCUCCAUCACAAUUGGAACUGGCAUCUAUGUUGGAGUGGCUGUGGCUCUUAUUGCCUAUCUGUCCAAAACCAAUCACUUAUGAGCCUCAGGAAAAGAAGGAGAACCAGCCCCCCAGCACCUGCUCUGCAGAACUCCCCGGCAGAGCAGACCUUUCCAAAACGAUCGAGAGGCAAACGCCUCUGGGGGCAGGUGCAAGACAGGAUGGGCUUGUGCAUCACCGCAGCGGGGAGGCUGCCUGCAGCAGGCAGAGCUCCUCCAUCUCUGAUGCACAAGUCUUACUUCUCUUCAAGAACCCUCAUACCAGAAAGCAAGCAAGCAAGCCAGACUGAAAGCAAUGGAGAGAGAAAGCAAGCAGGAAAGAAAAGCAAGCAAGCCAGCAAGCAAAGCAAGCAAGAAGGAAGAAAAGAGGAAGAGAAAAAAAAGGAAAGAGAAAAUAAGAAAAGGGAGGGAGCUGUGGGAGGUGUGGAGAGAGGAGCUUUGCCUCUGCCUUCUUUGCAAUACGGUGUUUACAAGCAGCUGGCAAACGGAGCUGUUCUCUUAAGAUCUUCUUGGUGACCUGAACUUCGCAGCCAUCAUGAGCUUGUGCUAUGAUUGCUUGUUCAGCACGGACUGAGAUCUGGGAAAGCAGGGACAGCGGCUGGUUCUCUGUAAGCAAUACAACAAUACAACAGCGGCAGCAAGAACCUUGCUCUUUUUUCCCCUCUCUUUCUUUUUCUUUCUCUUUUUCUUUUUCCUUUUCUUUCUCUUUCUCUUUUUCUUUUUCUUUAUCUUUUUCUCUUUUUCCUUCUUUUUUCUUUUUUAUUUCUUUUCCAUUUUAGUUUUCUCUUUCUUUUUUCAUUUUCUUUCUCAUUUUCUUUCUUGUGUUCUUUCUAAUUUUCUUUCUUUUUCUUUUUCUUUCUCCUGUUCUUUCUUUCUUUCUUUCUUUCUUUCUUUCUUUCUUUCUUUCUUUCUUUCUUUCUUUCUUUCUUUCUUUCUUUCUUUCUUUCUUUCUUUCUUUCUUUCUUUCUUUCUUUCUUUCUUUCUUUCUUUCUUUUUCCUUUUAAGUUUUUUUGUUUGUUUUCUUUCUCAUUUUCUUUCUCAUUUUCUUUCUUGUUUUCUUUUUCUUUUCUUUCUUUCUUCCUUCCUUUCUU